AUUAAUCUAUAUUCAUAAUGAUGAUCAAAAUGAUUGUAUUGUUGUUCUUGGCACAGUAUGUGAUGUGCCAACCGGCGGUGAUGUCGACACCAGCAUCUUUAAACAAUCAAACUGACAUAGUGAAUGAAAUGGAAAUUACUACAACAGAUGAUGACUAUGAUUUAAAUUCAGAUGAAAUUGAUGAAAAUUUCUUUAAUAAGCUUGUACUGGCUAUCACCAUGUUUUUCAAAAGCCUACUUCAAGGUUAUGUGGAAUCAAAUGAAAUUUACAAUACAACUGUGAACGUAUAAAAUGAGAUUCAUGCCGCUCAUGGACUGAUAAAGUGGUUCAUUCUGUUUUAAAUACAUUAAUAAAUAUUUAGUAUGAAGU